UCUCUCUCUCUCCAGCUUUUGAUUUAUCUUAUUGAACUAAAUCAAAUAUGAUGCAGAGAACGGACUUUUUGUGGGUUCUAUUUGUCCACUUCAACCUUAGCAUCAAGAAUCUCCUUUCUUCUUUUUCUUCCCUUAUACAAAUCAACUCUCUUUCUCCCUUGCUUUAAUUAACUAGUUUAAUACCAACAAUCAAAUACCAAACCCCAAUUCUUAAUAUAUAUAUAUAUAUCCUUCUUGCUAUUACAUGUCCACCUUCUUCCUCUUAAUCAGCAUUACAUUAUACAUUAUACCUGUGAUUAUAGUUUAUAUAUACACAGAGGCCAUACCCUCACUCCAUUUCCAUCUCUUUCUUUCUUUAUCUUUCUUUUUCUCUGUCCUUGUCUCUGUUUCUCUCUCUGUCUCUCUCUCUCUCUUGAGGAAAAAUAAAAAUUCUUUCUCACCCUUCAAGCAAAGCAGGCACCUUUCACUUUUUUAUAUUCUCUCUAUCUCCUUUUCUGGUUUUUGGGUUUCUGUGCUCUCAUUGAGAUCUACUAAAAAUGGGUUUCUUUCAAGAAAACUGCACUAACUCAAGGGAGCCUCAGAGCUGUGAUAUUUGCCAUUGUUCUUCCUUUAUAUCCACAGAUCACUAUUGUGACCACAAUGAGCUCAAGUUAAAAACCCUUUUAGCAAAGAUGGUUUGGCAACUUGGGUUUGCUUGUUUUUUACCAAGUGAUAGCAACAAAAGCAACAAGAAUAACAAUAAAAUCAAGAAUGCGAAUUUGGAACAUAAUAAGGCUUGGUUAUUAGCUGAGUCUGGUGGAUGUGGUGGUGGUGCUGCAGACGGUAGUGGUGCAGAGUUAACAAAUGGUGAUCCACAGUCAGUACACUCUUCUUUCAGGUUUAGUUUUUGCUCUCAGGUUGAGCUUGAGUCUAUGAAUAUGAAUUCUUCAGCUUCUGCAACUGUAUUAAUGGUGAAUUUGGAUAAUGGGUUGAAUGAGACUAGAACUAAAGAACUUAAAUGGAGGAGAAUUCAGUCUCUUGAGAGGAGUAUUUCUCCAGUGGCUAAUUGCUUGAUCAGAUUUAGUUAUUGCGAAAUUCUUGCUGCUACCUGUAAUUUUUCUAAAGGUAGAGUUUUGGGAAGAGGAGCUUUGAGCUUUGUUUUUAGGGGUAGAGUUGGAUUCUUGAGGACAGCAGUGGCUAUUAAGAGAUUAGACAAGGAGGAUAAGGAAUCUUCAAAAGCAUUUUGUAGAGAAUUGAUGAUUGCUAGCUCUCUUCAUAACCCAAAUAUUGUGCCUCUUGUGGGUUAUUGUAUUGAUCCAGAAGAGGGUUUGUUCUUGGUAUACAAGUAUGUCUCUGGUGGGAGCUUAGAGCGCCAUUUGCAUGAUAAGAAGAGAGGAGCGAAGGGUGGUUCUGCACUUCCGUGGUCGGUGAGGUAUAAGGUGGCACUAGGAAUUGCACAGGCAAUUGCAUAUUUGCAUAACGGAACAGAAAGAUGUGUUGUUCACAGAGAUAUUAAGCCUUCAAAUAUACUCCUUUCUUCCAAGAAAACGCCCAAGUUGUGUGACUUUGGAUUGGCUACUUGGACUUCUGCUCCCUCAGUACCUUUCCUUUGUAAAACUGUCAAGGGAACAUUUGGUUACCUGGCGCCUGAGUACUUCCAGCAUGGAAAAGUAUCCGAUAAGACUGAUGUUUAUGCUUUUGGGGUGGUCCUCUUGGAACUAAUAACAGGAAGGAAGCCAAUUGAAGCAAAAAGGCCUUCAGGGGAAGAGAAUUUGGUGUUGUGGGCUAAACCUCUAUUGCAGAAGGGGAAAGGAGCCGUCGAAGAGUUGCUGGAUCCACGGAUUAAGUGCACUUUGAAAAAGACAACACAAAUUACCCAGAUGAUUCAAGCUGCUGCUGCCUGUGUAAGUAAUGAGGAAUCAAGAAGGCCAGGGAUUGAUGAGAUUAUUGCUAUACUUAGAGGUGAAGAGGAGCCAUUCAACACCAACAAGAAGAAGUCCAAUUUUUCCGGGAUUAUAGAUUGUUAUCCUCAACUGCAACAAACAAAAAGUGAGAUGAAGAGUCACUUAGCUCUGGCAAUGCUAGGAGUUUCAGAGUUUGAAGACGAUGAUCACCUUUACUGUCGUUGACACAAAGGUCCACUGAUUUAACUGUCUGAUUAUUUUUGUUUUUGGGUGUUUUCUUAUUUGGUGGGUUGGUUGCAUGCGGACAGGUGCUAGAAAACAGAACUGGAAAAAGAGUGUUGAAAAUUGUAUAUAGGAAAAUGGGUUCACUGAGAAAUUAUGUAAAUAGAUUCCAUUUGUCUUCCCCUACAAUGGAGAGAAAGGUGCAAUGAUUUUUUGGGUGGAGUUUUAGGCUUUUCUAUUUCGCAGGAUUCCUGAAGUAAAUAUGCAUAUUUCAGAAUUUUUUCUUGAUUUCUUUCCCUUCUUGGUUGCUGAUGGCACUUAACACUUGUAUGUAUAAAAGAAUUAGGGACAAUCAGCCAGCAUGAAGUUCAAGCCUUAAAUUGGAAUUCUGAGCA